GCUUGGGAAAUGUGGUUGCUAGGGGGCGCUCACUCACUCGCCUCUGGACGCGCGCAUGUAUUUGAGGUUUGACGAACGCGUUGUAAUGUAUCAGUAGUUAGUAACAUAACCUUUCUGUCGCUGGUACUACUACUGCUACCUUGGUUACUUGUUGGUUCCUCCGCCGACGUUGAGGACUCAGUCUGCCGGGCGUGUCGGCAACAUCCAGCAAACUUUGUUCAAGCACCAACAACGAAGACGGCUGCAGUUUGGUUAUGCUUGACUUCUGAGCAUAACAGACCUUUCGCGAUACAUGGCUUCAUCUGCUGCAACCAAUGGGUCACCAAAGAUGCAGAACGGAGCUACCACAGCACGGACUUUACGCCGGUUGCAGGCAGAAAUUGUCCUUGAAACUGACACACCCCGGACUCGAGAUGUAAAAAGUCUACGAUCAAAGCGAGUUGCCUACUAUGACAGGAUGCUGAAAUCUACGACAGCUCCACAAAAAAUCCAGGCUCCACAGGCAGACAAAUGCAAGAAACCAGCACCAAAAGAAAUUGAUAAAUGUUCAGGAAGUAAUACUGAAUCCUUUUUUGAACCUAAUUUAGACAAAACGAUCUUGGAAGGAGCUGAUCAAUUGAGGCAUGAAAUUAUUCAAGUAGAUAACCCAUACAAUAGUGACCGUCUGUCAGAUUCUCAGUGCAAAAGUGCAGUUAUACACUUAGACAUUGAUUCGAACAUGCUUAACAAUGAAACAUCGAAAUGUGGGUUAUUAAGUGAAAUUAAUAGUAUUGCCCGAGAAGACCCCAUUACAGAAGAAUCUUAUCAAAUUAUGCAAGCUUCUGGUUGUAAUUCAGAAGAUCAUCCCCACAUAUCUAUUAAGCGCGGAGCUGAAGCGAACCAGAACCUGCUCAUUAAUGAUUCAGAUUUACAUCACAUAUUAGAAGACAAUAGUGUCUCUGAGACACAAAAAUUGAGGCAUGUCCUUGACUAUGCAAGUAAGAUAUUAAAACAUAGGCAGCUGAGAAGGGUAAAUUCAAAUCACGAUUUGAAUGCGGGACAAUUGGAGAUGCCUCUAUGUAUUAAUACAGGGUCUGGUUCACGAAUCACAGAAAAUGGAGAUGAUUGUUCACCAUUAUCAAAAAAUUACAUCCACAUUGGUGUAAAAGAAGGUGAUGGUAUGCUAAAAUGUAACAGCAAAUCAGAUAUUUUGCUCUCCACACAAGUAGAUGAUGGAAAUUAUGGCUGUGGUAAAUUACAUUCUCAGAAAUAUUCAUCUCAGUCCGUUUGCAAUACCAGCUUUGAUGAAAGUGAUAGCAACCGUCAAUCUAAAUUUCGGGCAGAUAUUCCUCCUUCUAGGUCAUUGGAAACAAAACAAAUGAAAACCCCAUUUUCAGCUUCACCAAGAAAGUUUAAACAAGAGGUAGGUGAGACCAAAACUUUUCCAGAUUUAAAUUUUGAUGGAAAUGCUUUCGUCAGCAAAUCAUCUCUAUGUGUGGAACAUGUAGAGGAUGAGCACACUUUGAAGGAAAAUAGUAAAUGCAUUUUACAGAAUAGUUAUCAGAAACUAACCGAUUCUAGUGAUGAUGAGGACAAUGCUGUUGUGGUGAUGCAAAAUAUUGCAUGUGAGCGUUUUACAGAUAAUGGUCAUAGUGAUCUAAUGGUCCCACAUCCUGAAGAUGAACAUUUUGACAGAAUCCCUGUCAAGUAUUGCUUUCGAUAUUCUGAUAUUAUGGCAAAUGAAAUUGAAAGUGACAUUAGUUCUGUCAAUGAGAACCCAUAUACCGAUAAACUUUAUAUUCGGGAUGACAUAACUUCAGAGAUGAAUGAAAAUGGUGAGAAAAUAUAUAAAUGUACGAGUGGCAUCACAGAAAGCCAUCUCUCAUCCUUUAAUAAUAUGGUGCCCAGUUAUAAAGAUGCCACUGAAGAUUGGUGUCAAAGUCAAAAUCAAAGUCUUCAACAUUUUUUCAUGCGUGGUGAGGACACUGGCCCAAAUUUACCAAUAGCGUCAAAGAUUGUUUUGCAGUCCUUUGACCAAGAUGUAGGCAGCUCAUUGGAUACAUCUAGGAAAUCUAAAAGAAGCAUCAACACGAAAAGUCUAAAGUCAGCACGGCACAAACAGAGCAUUGAAAAACAUUUAGACAGGUUGAGAAUCCAAGAAAAUCAACAGAGCAACAGAGAAGGUAAUGAUAUAGGUUCUCAGAUAUUUCAAUGUGAUAGUAGCCUAACAGAGGCUCGCCAACACCAGACAGAAAAUGGAAAGCAACAUGGCCACAAUAAUUCAUCACCAGUGAUUCAUGCGCCUAUUCUGACCUCUGUGAAGUCAACAAAAGGUCAAACAAAAAGAGAUGAUGUGCACAAUGCAUCAUCAGAGUUGGCUAGUGAACGGGAAGCAAUAUAUUCACCAGAUCUCGGCAAUGUAUCCUUACAUGAUGUGCUUGAUAAACAUGUCGAUUCAGAAAGGAAUACUGAUAAAGAUGACAAAAUCCAUCGUAAAUGUUUUAACAACAGCCAGGAUAGGGAUCAUUGGGAUGUGGAAUCUGGAGGUGUUGUGAACAUUGUUUCGAGGAGGCCUGCAGAAUUCAGCCGCAGUAAAUUGGAAGCAGUAGCCGAGUCCAGCGAAGUUGAGAAGGCUCCGGUAAUGAAAUUUGCAGAAUCCUUUUCAACUCUUUCAUAUCUACCACAGGCAGAGUUUAGAUCAAUAAAUGUGGAUAUAAACUCUGACACUUCUUCGGAUGAAGGCUCUUAUGUGAAGCAGGCAGUGGUUGAUCAGCUAAAUGAAGAUUCCAACAGACCUGGAUCAGACGAGGGAGAGGGAAGAUGUGAGAAUAGUGCAGAGUGGAGUAAAAAAAUGCAAUCACUGGCAUGCCCUACACCAUCCUCCAAUCCGAGAAUAAAGGCUUCAAGAAUGAAACAAGAAAAUGGAAAGCUUACAUCAAGUGAUGGCAGCAACCUCAGAAAAAGUAAAAUACAAGGAAAGAGCAAGACCACCGAAUUUAUCAGACGCAGUGGCUACAGGAGGCACUGGGACAGGUCUAGCAUUGAUUGGUCAACCUACCAAAGUGGAGAACUAAAACCAAAAUCAGCAGUUAGAAACAGACCAGCAACAGCAAACAUUCUACUGCAUCAAGUAACAACUACUUCACAAAAAUCAACGCCAUUGACAGGCACUAAGGGUCCCACUGCCGCUUCCUCCUGUGAGUCUCAAGUCGGGAAUCGGAGAGCUGUGCGGGACUCGUUGAAACCGUUGCCUCAGAGGCCGGCCAGCUCCAAUGCCACUCUUGGAAGCAAGGGUGUGGGUGCAGUGAAGAGAGUCAGUAGCCGACCUGCGGGUGACUGCAUCUCCGAUGAGCAUCAACUGUCAACUAUCCCUUCGUUUAUGAAGGCGAAAAAUGCAUGGACAAUUACCGAGUGGAUGGCAAACAAUUCUGACUCCCAGGCUUACACAGCCGCAUCCACAAUGGGUGCAGGUUGCAUCCCCAGGUGGAUUUACCUACCUGAGGAACUGUGGCUUCGAGUCUUUUCCUUCCUGUCACAUGGUGACCUCACACAAGCUGCCUGCACCUGCCAUCUUUUCAACCGCCUGACUUCUGACCAGUCCCUCUGGAGGUCCGUGCGGAUUGAGGGCAGCGUGCGGCUGAGCGACGCAUGGUUGGCCAGCGUGGGGCGCCGACGCCCAGAGGGCCUGUCCCUGACGAGGUGUCGCGACACGCGGGGGACCGUCACCGCGGCCGGCCUGCGAGCCCUCUUCAAGCAGUGUGGGGACCGCAUCACGGAGCUGGAUGUCAGUAACUCUGCUGGCGUUACCCUGACGGGUGACUCGGUGCUGCUACAUGCGAGCACGCACUGCAGAAACCUCUCCAACGUGAACCUAGCCUGGAGUGCAGCCACGCAGAAUGGGGUGAUUGCACUCGCCCGCUCCGUGUCCCGAUUGGAGAAGGUGAAUCUAAACGGAUGUCCAGUUACCGAUGAAGCCAUCAACAUUUUGCUGGAGCUGCACGGACAGUGUUUGACGGAGUUGGAGCUGUUUGGGUGCCAUGCCCUAACACCGUCGAGCUUGAUGCACUUGGGAGAGAAGUGCCCCUCACUGCGGGUCCUCAAUUUGGGCCGAGUGCCCAAGGCUACGGACACCUGCCUGAUGCGACUGGCCACCAGCAUGAAGCUUGUGCAGACUUUAAACCUGACUGCACUUACUGCUGUCAGGGAUCAAAGUGUUCACAUUUUUUCUCAACACUGUCCAAAUCUACAACAUCUCAUCCUCACAUCAUGCCUCCAGAUAACGGAUAAAUCGCUGGUGGAGAUUGCAACUUACCUUCCUAAAAUAUGCUCGUUGGAUGUGAGUGGAUGUAGGCGCGUGUCGGAUGUUGGAGUGCAGGCUCUGGCCAUGAACUGCCGCCUCUUAAACACCCUGGACCUAAGCUCCACCUCCAUCUCCAAACGAGGUGUGUGCCUCCUAGGAUCCUACUGCCGUGACUCUUUGCAGAGUGUCAAGCUCAGCUUCUGUCAGGACAUCACAGAAAAUGCAGUUCAUAAACUGGUGGAGAAUUGUCAUAGGCUAAAGCUACUCCAUUUGUAUGGGUGCCGUGCUGUCAAAGAUCUCAAUGGCAUCCAGAGAGCAAGGCCCUCUAUAGAGAUCCACCACGAUUUACAGUCGAGAAAAUGAUUUAAGAGCAAUUGCAAUAACAUUACUUCCAAACAUAUUUAAUUGAUAUGAAGUCUGUUGCAUAGGUUAGCAUGAUGUUCAGAUUACCCUGUGCUAAAGAGCCACAAAUAACCAUCACUAAAAUGGAAUGUGAAGAGUUAUUCAGCAUGUUCUACAUAUGACAACUUUACAAUGAACAUCUCCACUAUUAUUACUAUAAUGACUUAGAAACAAUCGUUGUUCAGCAGUGUAUAAAAGACAGAUAUGUUAAUCACAUUUUCGCAAAUGACCAUAAAAACCUGGCAGAGCAGUCUGUUUUUAAGCAAUUAAGCCAAAUCAAGCGUAAGGACACGAAUUGGGCUUUUAAUUAACGUGGAACUAAGUCUAAUUCAAACAUUGGACAUAUGUACUGAGUAUAUUUGUGAUCUGCCCAUUAUUCCAAAUUCGCAUCUCCAAAGGUAAGCAAGCUAUGUAUUUGUAACAAUGCAUCAAAUUAUUGGGAGGUAAAUUGUUUUUGUUCUCAUAUCUGCUUGAGAUGCAGCAAAAUAUGUGAAUUGCACACAUGGUCAUCAUUAGCAUAUGUGCCCUUUAAUUGGCUUUUGAGAUGCAACGAUCAUUUGGUUGCAGUUCAUGUCUUGUGAAUUUGGCUGACCUGUUGAUGGAUCCAGGGUCCCAGAUGACAAUUGAAAGCAUACAUAAUAGAACCCAGGAGAGAGCAUACAGACACAGCACUGAGAGAACAGAGGGAGGCAGAGAAAUCAGAAAUGGAGAAGCCAAGAUUUAAACGUGGAUACACCAACGAUAGCAGUAAUAGAGCACCAUUAGGAUUAUUAAGAAUAUUCAGUCAUUGUUCUAUAGCAUGAGACAAUCGUGGUCGGGCAUUAAUGUGUCGUAUUAGGCACAUGCACUGCCCUGUGGGAUGUGUCAUGUCCCACUUAAUGGGCUGUUGACACUUGGGUAUGUGGACAUCGUGGUGCCAAUGUCACCCAGCCUAUGGGCCCUGAUUGGAGCCACUUCGGCAAAUUCUCUCAGGCUGCUGUGAUUAUAAGAUGCAAAUAGGACCGAGCUGGGUAUGUAACAAUGCAUCAAUUAUCGAUUUAAAUGAGAUCCAAUAUUCGUGCUAGUGCAUCGAAUUUUGCUUGCACGACUUUAUUGUUUUCUAUUCAGUUAUGCUAUUCUUGAAAAAAAUCACUUUUUUUUUGUAAUGACCAUGAUUUGUGAUAAUUCAUCGAGCUCCAAGGGGGGGAAAUUGUUACACGGAGAUAUGGAGCAGACUCGGUGGAAAUCUGUUUUUUUCAAAUCCACGACAUCGUCUGUGCCAUCAAUUGGCCUUAGAUUUUUUUAAAAAUGCAAGUUUUCUGAGUUUCAUCUGUCACUUUUAGCUCAUUAGGAAAUAUGAUGAAACGUCGCAAAACUCUUUAAAGGGGUAUAUCUACAUGUGUACUGCAUCUGCAUCUUAAAACUGUUAAAUUAACACAUUUUUGUAAAGAGCGUGUGCUUUAUAUAGAAACGAAACAUUGCCCGAUAUAUAAAUGUUGCUUGUGUGGUUAUAGUGUAACUUUAAUGUGUCAAUUGCUUGACAUCGUGAUAUACUUUUACAUGAAUCAGGAAAGAUUUGACAUAUUCAAUGUCAGCUGUAGUGUUUUGCUUUUCUAUGUAAAAUAUUAAAUGCUAAAUUAUGAUUGUAUACUUUUCAUUAACUUCUGAUUAUAUUACCCAGUGCUGCAAAAUAAAGUAAUGGAACAUUUA